AUGCAGACGAAGCAAAAGGCGGCGCUAGGCAUCAACGGCACCCGCACAAACGGCCUGGCGGUACGGCGCGAGAACGUGACAGCCGCAGUUGCUGUGGCUAACAUUGUCAAGUCAUCGCUCGGCCCCAUCGGUCUCGACAAGAUGCUGGUCGACGACAUUGGCGAUGUCUGCGUCACCAACGACGGCGCAACUAUCCUGAAGAGCCUAGACGUCGAGCACCCCGCCGCCCGCCUCCUCGUUGACCUCGCGCAGUUGCAGGACAAGGAGAUCGGCGACGGCACGACGUCUGUCGUUAUCCUCGCCUCUGAGCUGCUGAAGCGGGCACAGGACCUCAUCGUGCAUGGCAUCCACGCCACGAGCAUCAUUGCCGGCUACAAGCUUGCGCUGCGUGAGGCCGUGCGGUACCUGAAGGACAGCCUCAGCAUGUCGGUGGACUCGCUGGGCAAGGAAGUCCUCCUCAAUGUGGCCCGCACGUCGAUGAGCAGCAAGAUCCUCAACACUGACUCUGAACACUUCGCCAAAAUUGUGGUGGAUGCGAUCCUGUCGGUCAAGACUGUGAACGACUUGGGCGAUGUUGUGUACCCACGCAAGGCGGUGAGCAUUCUCCUGCAGCACGGCAAGAGCUCCCGAGAAUCGAAGCUGAUGCAGGGAUUCGCGCUCGGCCUCUCGCGUGCCGCGCAGGGGAUGCCGACGUCGGUGCAGAACGCUCGCAUCGCCCUCAUUGACUUUGACCUGCGUGCGGUGAAGAUGAAGCUAGGCAUCAACAUCACCAUCAACGACCCGACCAAGGCGGAGGCGAUCCGCCAGCGCGAGCUCGACAUCACGAUGGAGCGCAUCAAGAAGAUGAUCGCGGCUGGUGCCAACGUGAUCCUCACCUCGUGGGGCAUCGAGGACAGCAUGAUGAAGUACAUGGUCGACGAGGGCGUCCUCGGCGUGCGCCGCGUGAAGAAGGACGACAUGCGCCGCAUCGCCAAGGUGACGGGGGCGCAGGUGGUGCACUCGCUCUCUGACCUUGAGGGGGAGGAGGUGUUUGACCCCAAGUGGCUCGGCAAGGCGGAGCACGUGUACGAGGAGCGUUUCGGCGAGGAUGACGCGAUCAUCAUCUCUGGCACCAGCAACGCGGUGUGCGCCAGCAUUAUGUGCCGCGGCGCCAACUACCUGGUGCUCGAGGAGAUGGAGCGCGCACUCAACGACGCCCUGUGGGCUGUUGCACGCACGCUAGAGGCCAACUACGUCGUUGCCGGUGGCGGCGCGGUGGAGGUGGCGCUCUCUGUGUAUCUCGAGAACUUUGCCCACACACUCGGCUCCCGCGAACAGCUCGCGAUUGGCGCUUUUGCCGAGUCGCUGCUCGUCAUUCCAAAGACUUUGCUGCUCAACGCUGCGAUGGACGCGACCGAUCUGGUGGCGCGCCUGCGUGUUGAGCACAGCGAGCAGCAACAGCAGCAGGCGGCAGGGAAGGGUGCCAGCACUGCACGUUUCUGCGGCCUCGACCUCAUUGAGGGGACACUGCGCAAUAACAUGGAGGCUGGGGUGCUGGAGCCGCAGCCGAGUAAGGUGAAGUCGCUGCAGUUUGCCACGGAGGCUGCCAUCACAAUUCUCCGCAUCGACGACUGCGUGCGCCUCAACCCCGAGGAGGAGGAGGGCCGCAAUUAG